UAAUAAUUGAUUUUUAAUUUUUAAAAACAAAGCUGUUGAUUGAAUUAUUUCUUUGAAAAUGGCGUUGUAGUCUUAAUUUUCAUAUUAUUUUAAAAUGUAGUUGAAUUAUCUAAAAAUGAACGAGUCGAGAUAGUUAACGACAUUUAAGAUUGAUUUGACUGCUAAAGUCGAGUUUUAUAAGGUUUAUUGGUACAGUCCUUACGUUAUUAUGUUUUCAUGCAUAUCAUUCUGUGUACCCUAUAAAAAUAUAACUAGUUUCUAGUAUCUCGUUCUUUAUACUCAAAAUGGAUGAAGACAAAUCAUUGAUAGAUGUUUUACAUUCAUUAGAACUGGAUACAUCGGAAAUUAACGAUGCCGAGUUCAAUAUUCCAGCAAUUGAUGAUGUCCCAACCAUAGAAAGUAUAUUAAAUGAUGAAGAUGUUUCCUUACUUAGUGAAGAUGAUAUAUCAAUUUACCAGAGCAAAUUGAAAAUUCCUUACUAUGAUUCGGGUGCUGAUUCUACAUCUUUGAGUAGUAUUAAUAGUAGUCGUUUGUGUAUAGAAAAUUCAUCUAAAUAUUUAAAUACAAAAUCGGAUCCUGGCCGAAUUUUACGUCAUAUGAUUCUCAAACCUGUAUCUAGUCAAAUGCAAUCAUUUUGUGAUCGGUUUAAUGCAGGACAACCAAGUGCAAUUAAAGUAUCUUCGCUUCUUAUUGUAGUCGGCACGACAAACGGUUUUAUAAUUUUAUUUGAUUCUUCUCAAACAUUUCUGUGGUAUCACGAAGCAGUAGACAGUGGUGCGGUAUCUGCUUUAGAUUUUAAUCAUGAUUGUUCUCGAUUACUUGCUGGAUAUGUUCAAGGAACAGUAAUAAUGUUUGAUUCGUCUUCUACCACUUGUAAAAUUUUACGAACAAUGAACAACGUCCAUACACCAGAUACAGCAGUAUUACAUUUAAAAUUUACAGAUUUGCCUAACUUGGCCAUUGUAAAUGACAGUGCCGGUUCUGUUUUUGAACUAAAUUUUAAAAGAAAUUUUGGUAUCAGGAGUGUAGAAUCUAAGUGUUUGUUUUCUGGUGGCCGUGGAAGAGUUUGUUGUAUCGAGCCAUUGCUAUUCAACCAAUUAACUAGCCAUCCCAUGAAUGGCUAUGUAAUUAUUGCAAUGGCCACAUUAUCAAAAAUUAUAAUUGUUACGAUUCGACCAAACACGGAAUUACUGUUGUCUCAAAAUAUCAUCGCUACGCAUCCUUGUCUUCCUCUUUUGUCUUGGCAAUUCGUUAUUAUACAAUUCAGCAAAACGUCCAAUUCCAGUCAUAGAAUUAUGGACCCGGUAUUAGCGUUUACACGAGACAAUACAGUUUACUUCUAUCAGAUUAAUAUUGACAAUCAAGACCAACUAUGUUGUUGUUCGUUACAAAAGAUUACAUUGCCUUAUACAAUAAUCGCUUGUAGCUGGAUGAAUGCUCGUACCUUACUCACAAUGAAUUCAUCUGAACAUAUUUAUUUGGUUGACGUUCGAGUUGGAGAUGAAAUGGAACAAUUAGACUUAUCAAAUAUCGGAUUAGUUUACACUUCAAGUUACUACCAAAGUAGCGAUAAUAGACAUGUUGAUACAUGUUGUUAUAGUUCCGUUCAUGGUUUUAGUAAUCAAUUAAUUAUAUUAGGAAUUAAAAGCAUACAUACAAUAAGUAUUAGAAGUUGGAUUGAGCGAUUAGACUGUCUGAUUGAUAAAAAAUUGUAUAGUGAUGCAUUACAAUUGGGUGUUGACUUUUUAGAAGAAAGAGGCAAAGCCGUUCUCGGACUUAGAGGCACGCGCCUUCACAGACAUAAAAUAGUUAAAGAAAAGGUUAUUGACAUCUUAACAGCAUACAUUGAUUCAAUAGUAGAAGUGAAUAAUCUAAAUAAUUACAAAGAAGGCAUUCCUAUUAUAGCUGAUAUAUGUGUGCAUCUCCAUAAAACUAAUUUAUUAUUUGGUCAUCUUUGGGAAGGUGCAGAACAAAUAAAACCGGCUUGUGACAUAUUUUUAGAAUGUUUAAAAAAUUACCUCUUCGAAGGUCAAUUUGACAAAGUCCCAACAAAUGUAAUUCAAAAACUGUUUCAAUAUCUCGUAGAUACCAAUCAAUUAAAGGAACUCGAAAAAUGUAUGCUAAAUGUUAAAGUGGAAUGUUUGGAUAUUGAACAAUCUUUAAAUUUAGCAAGAAAAUAUUUCUUGCAUGACGGUCUAAUCAGUAUUUGGACAAGAGCGUUAGAAGACUAUUUGGCUCCUCUUCAAGAACUUGUUCCCCAAAUUAGCUUAACUUCAGAUAACGAACUGUCUGAUUCUACUGUUGAGCUUGGGAAUAAAAUAUUGGUUUACUUGAGUUGCUGUCUUCUAGGCAUAGCUUAUCCUUAUCGAGGUGAUGUACCAUCAAAUUUACAGGACACCGCUAGAAACCACAUAGUGCAGUUCUUAUGUACCCAACAUAGUAUUAAAGCCGACGAUAACGAAGACAUCUAUCCUUAUUUGAGAACGUUGUUGAAAUUUAAUACAACUGAAUUCUUAAAUGUUCUUUCAAUGGCAUUUUCUGAUCAACGUUUCAUCAGUCAACAAAAACAACGUAUUUGCUGCAUAUUAUCAUCGCUUAUAUCAAAUAGUAAAGAUUUAAAAUCAAAUCAGCUAGGCUUGAUUUACGCUUUUAUAGUUAAGUGGCAGCAAGAAGAAAAUUGUAUAAAACCCGAAACACAAGUUUUUGAAACCGUAACAUCUAUGUUAGUAUCGUCAGAACAAACGACUCCAAUUGAAGAAAGAGAAAAAGCAUUUAUCCAAUUAAUACGAUCAGGAGCAUUCGACAAUAACUCAGAAUUACUAAAAACUGCUGAGCAUGCCAAAUUUUAUAGCGUCUGUAGAGAAAUCUGUUCCGAACGUGGCGAUUAUAAAAAUAUGUUCAAAUAUUUUCUAAUAGAUAAUAAAAAGAAACACCAAAUUUUUUCCUUUAUUUCUUCGAACCCUGAACAAUUCAAAGAACUAGUAUACGAUAACUUGAAAGAUUUAUUAGAUAUUGAUGCUGUAAGGUGUGGCAUUGUUUUCGGUUCAUUCUAUUCACAUAAGGUGUUCAAUGCUUCAAAUCAAAUUGAUUUGGACAAGCAAAGAUAUCUAUUCCUAAAAGGUGCGCUGCCCCAUACCUGUCCAGACGUUUCCCUUUGUACUAACUAUUUAGAACUAUUGUGCGAGCACGAACCAAAGACAGUUACGAGUUUUGUAAAAACAAACGAUUCAUUGCAUCUAACAAGAGCCAUUGCUGCUACAAGAGCUGCCGGACUUGAUAACGCUACUGCUUUGCUGUUAGAAAGACUUGGCGAUUUUCAAGGCGCAUUUGAUUUGCUUUUUGGAAAGCUACAGGAAGCCAUUAAGCAAGAGGAUUCUAUCGAAGAAUGUACUGAAACUUUAGUGGCUUUAACUCAAAGAGGAUCAGCUGUACUUGAUCCCAAAACUACAUGGUUACCUAUUCUGCAAUGUCUCCUAAGUCUUCAAUCACAUGAUUAUCUAAGAAAAGUACUGAACAAUUGUGAUUUAAAUUUAACUACUGAAAUGCAUUUGCUUCUGAAUAGUUCAUCUGGUACUAUCGGUGAUUUUAGAAAUUUAAUAAUGGGGUUAAUUGAUAAAUGCAAGUAUGAACUACAAAUGUUACAAACAUCAGAAACAUUACUCCAUGCUGAUUUACAUGGAAAACUAGUAAAUGCUAUUGAUUUCGCCAAAAGAGGUAUAACUAAUCCUGUGAUAUGUUCCUCGUGCAAGCAAAAACUUUUAAUGGACUCUAUUUCAAUAUUCAGGUGUGGCCAUGGAUUUCAUUCGGAUUGCUUAGGUUUACAAGUGGACUGUUUGUUUUGUAUGCCAAAUAAUGUUAGUAUAGCUUAAAGUACAAUUUUUUUUUACUUUUUAUUCUGAUUUGUAAAUAAAUUGUUUACCAAUUA